AGAGACAACGCAGCGAAAAAAUCCCCUACUUCAAUCGUGAACUGAAAAUGGUAAAAGUGGCUUCAUCGUUGAGCCAACGGUGGUACUUUUUAUGCGAAAAUAAAGACAAUUGUGCGAACUAGUGAUCCGCAGCUUAUCGAAAGUGCAGUGCAAGAUUUUCAUAUUUGUUUGCAAACUGCCGAGUAAACAAAAAAGAACAGUUUAGUGAAAAAGUAGUGUAGUGUAUGCCUUUGCAAACAAACCAAGUGGAUAGUAGAAAAAGUUGUUCGAGAAUCUUCUCAUUCUACCAAAUAACAACACCGAUUUGGAGAAGAAAAUCAAUAGGCAGAGCACUGCUGCAGCGCGUAGGCAAUGCAGAGCACCGAGGAUAACUCGAAUCUAAUGGACACUGAUCACAAUACAACGUUGUCCGCGUCUUCGCCACAUCAGAUUAAUGCCGCUACGUCGGCCACCGUUGGAGCAGUUGCUGGUGUUUCCGGAACCAUCGUAGCAGGGUCUGGUCCUGUACCGACCGGCCGUACCAGCGAAUCGCUGGAGUAUCACUGCCGCAUGCUGGAAGAAGAAAUUCAAACCCUGAAAGAAUCGGAAUCCAAGCUUAAACAACAGUAUGUCGAAACUCAACGCCGCGAACGGAUCCUCGCACGACGGCUUGCCGUCAAGGAGCAGGAAAUGCAGGACUUUGCCAGUCAAAUCGCGGAGCUCAAAACCGCCCAGGCGCCCGGCCAAGCUGCCCUCCGAUCGGCUUUGCUCGAUCCUGCCGUUAACAUACUCUUUCAAAAGCUCAAAGCCGAACUCCAGCAGACGAAGGCCAAACUGGAGGAGACACAGAACGAGCUGUCGGCGUGGAAGUUUACGCCCGACUCGAACACGGGAAAACGAUUGAUGGCCAAGUGCCGUUUGCUGUAUCAGGAAAACGAGGAACUCGGCAAGAUGACCUCCAACGGGCGGCUGGCCAAGCUCGAGGGUGAACUAGCGCUGCAGAAAAGUUACAACGAGGAGGUGAAAAAGUCUCAGCUGGAACUGGACGACUUCCUGCAGGAAAUGGACGAGGAUGUCGAGGGUAUGCAGAGCACAAUCGUAUAUCUUCAGCAAGAGUUGAAGCACACUAAAGAGGAAAAGGAAGCCAUCGAGAAGGAAGUCCUGCUUUUGCGUUCGUACGCGAAUGGCGGCAGUGGUGAGGAUGGUUCAGCUAGGAUGGAAACGGACGCUGACCCCUCACCCGCUGUGGGUGGUGCAUCGGCUCUGUUUCUAGUGAACGGGAGUAACAAUAAGUUGAAGCAAAGUUCAAGUGAUCAGUCAGAAUCGUUGUUGGUUUAUCAAAAUCGGACGCACUGUGGUGGCAAUAAUAGCAAUUCCGAGUUGUUACAGUUACAGAACGGUGGUGAUGAGUUAGUUAAUGAACAAGAACAAACGAUUGGCGGUGGCAGCAACAAUAGCAGUAGACUUAGCGGUAGCAAUAACACAAGCACUGGUAGUAUCAAUAAGAAGGUAAACAACAGGACUGCUAAAACGAUUGGUGGCAAAAAGCGAAAUUACACUGAAGAACAGGACGACGAAGGGGCAGCUGCGGUGGCGGGGGGUGAAGAUGAAGAGGACAGUGGUCAUUAUGACGAUGGGCCCAACAAUGGUAAAAUGUUAGCCCCCGACAGUCUGGAACAUCAACAACACGACGAGGAACAAGUCAUCACCAGCAGCAACAAACGCAUGACGCGGUCAGGUAAAGGGAAAGCCAUCCCCAAAGUGAGUGUGAAGAAGCUGCGUAGAGCCUCGGUAAUAUCUGCGGAUCCUACGGAGGAUGACGACAUGGCCGAGGGCUACGCUGCAAAUGGCGCGAACUGAAAAUCCCACCUCGAACAAUUACCACCCACCACCCAUGGCACCUAGCAGUGCGCGGAGACACGUGAAACGACCAGAGAUUCCUUCAUUUCUCGGCUGGCGUUCUGUUUAUGUUCUAACAAAUGCAAGCCAUCCCAAAAGGGGGUGAAGCAGCAGAAGUGUGUGUGAGUAAAAGUAGAGGCACGAAUUUAAGAGAGAGCCAAUAAAACGUUUUAAAACAUUAAAGGAAAUCACUCAAGAAAACACAUUGAAAUUAGAACUGUAAUCUAAACUACAAUAAUAAUUAUUGUAUAUGUAAAGCAACACAAUUAGGGAGAAAACACAAUACCCGUGAGCGGACAAUCACUCCGCUUGUGAUCGGCUGACAAAAAGUAAGCGAAUCGCGUGAAAAUAACUCAGUAAACAAAAUAGUUAAUGCAUACAGAAUGAGCAACAAAACAAACGAACAUCGUAAACAAUACAGUGGAAGUUUUUUUUUCGUUUGUCCAACAACAUUUUAGACAGCUAAGGGACUGUAAUUUUAGUACUGUAAAUGAAACGAAUGAAAAAGCAACAACAAAAAAAAUCACAAAAACAAUGUGUAAUUUAAAUUAUUUCGAAAAAAAUAGAGUUAAAUUAU